UUCCCGUUGAGCAGUGGGCCCUCCAAACACUGCCCAGAUGGAGCUGCGGGAUUAUCAGUGGGAAGUCAUUGAGCCUGCCCUAGAGGGCAAGAAUAUAAUCAUUUGGCUGCCAACAGGGGCCGGGAAGACCAGGGCAGCUGCAUACAUCUGUAAGAGGCACUUGGAGAGCCGAGAUAGGAGCAAGGUCAUUGUGUUGGUCAACACGGUGCCUCUCGUAGAUCAGCACCUGAAUAAUGAGUUCAGCUUCCUAAAGAAUCGUUCCCAGAUAGCUGCCAUCAGUGGGGAGAGCAGCCAGAGGCUGUUAUUCUCAGAAGUAGUGAAGACCAACGAUUUGAUCAUCUGCACAGCCCAAAUCCUACAAAAUGCCCUCCAAAGCCAAGAGGAGGAAAUGCAUGUGGAUCUGCCAGAUUUCUCCUUGCUGGUGAUUGACGAGUGCCAUCACACCCACAAGGACAGCACCUACAACAAGAUCAUGGAGGACUACCUGAAGCGCAAGAUGAAAGGCCAGAACUUGCCACAGAUUGUCGGGCUCACGGCCUCGUUGGGCACUGGAGGUGCCAAUUCCUUGAAGGGAGCCCAAGAGCAUAUCUUACAGAUUUGUGCCAACCUGGACACUGCCAAAAUCAUGUCCUCUGAUAAAUACAAGUUGUACCUUAACACUCAUAUCCCGCAAUCCAGGAAGCAGUACGAUGUGACUGAAGAACGGCCCCUGGAUCCCUUUGGUGCAGAGAUCAAAGAGAUCAUGUCCCGGAUCCAUACUUACCUGGACAAGCCUGACUUGUCUACAGAUUUUGGCACUCAGAUAUACGAGCAACGCAUUGUGGAGCUUCAGAAAGAAGGAGCGGAAGGAUUCUGCCGAAAGACUCGAGUGUGCGCCUUGCACCUGCGUAAAUACAAUGAUGCCCUGCUGAUCAAUGAGUCUGUGCGUAUGAUCGAUGCCUUCCAAACUCUGGAGGAGUUUUACCUACUGGAGAGAGCUACAAAGGAGCUACAGGAUCUAACUGAGCGCUUCCUGGUUCAGAUCUUUGACCGGAACAAGGAGCACCUCUUGGCCCUAGCGAAAGACGCGCGCUAUGAGAACCCCAAACUUGACAAACUGCAACAAGUCCUCCAGAACCAGUUCCGAGGAGACGGUGGCUCACGGGGCAUUGUGUUUGUCCGGACACGCCAAGGCGCUCAUUCCCUAUACCAGUGGGUACUGGAUAAUGUUGAUCUGCAACAACAAGGAAUCAAGGCUGCUGUCCUGACUGGGGCCGGGUACAGCAGCCAGGCCAAACACAUGACCCAGCAUGAUCAGCAAGAUGUCAUCCACCGUUUCCGCAAGGGGGAGCUCAAUCUGCUGUUCUCCACCAGCGUGGCUGAAGAGGGACUGGACGUCCCUGAGUGCAGUAUCGUGGUCCGCUACGGGCUGAUGACCAACGAGAUUGCCAUGAUGCAGGCCAGAGGCCGCGCCCGCGCCCCCAACAGUAUCUGCUCAGUCUUGGCCAAGGCCAACAGCAAGGAGGUGGCCCGUGAACGGCUCAAUGAGAAACUAGAAGUCCUGAUGGAGCAAGCUAUUAAGUGGGUGCAGCAGAUGCCUCCGAGGGAAUACACUGAGACGAUUGAGAUGCUUCAGCGAGAGGCUGUGAUCAGCCGCAUGAUGCGUAAUAUUGAAAUCGAGAAUCGGCGCCGGCUACAUGAUCCAGACUUCGUGCGUCUCUACUGCAUCAACUGCAACGAGGCCGUCUGCCACGGCUCCGACCUGCGCACAAUAGAGAAAACUCACCAUGUAAAUAUCAACCCCAACUUCAGACUGUACUACAGAAAGUCACCUAACGCUGUGGAGAUUCCUCGUAACUUCAGGGACUGGAAGCCAGGCUGCUCCAUUAGCUGCAAUAAAUGUGGGCAGGACUGGGGAAUGGAAAUGAUCUACCGAGCAGUCACCCUGCCGAUGCUUGCUGUUAAAAAUUUUGUGGUGGAAAGCCCAAAUGAUAGAAGGACCUAUAAGCAGUGGAGCAAAGUUACUUUUGCCAUUGAGGAGUUUGACUAUAGCCAAUAUUGUGAAACCAACUUUGGCCUGGACGAUUAA